AUGGCAGGAAAACCCAUUCUUCACUACUUUGAUGGACGGGCUAGAAUGGAGUCCAUCCGGUGGCUCUUGGCCGCAGCUGGCGUAGAGUUUGAAGAGAAAAUCAUGAAAACUCGAGAAGACUUGGAAAAGUUAAGAAAAGAUGGGAGUUUGAUGUUCCAGCAGGUGCCCAUGGUGGAGAUUGAUGGGAUGAAGUUGGUGCAGACCAGAGCCAUUCUCAACUACAUUGCUGCCAAAUACAACCUCUAUGGGAAGGACAUAAAGGAGAGAGCCCUAAUUGAUAUGUAUUCAGAAGGGAUGGCAGAUUUGAAUGAAAUGGUCCUUCUUUACCCAUACCUUCCAUCUAGGGACAAAGAUGGAAGACUUACUCAAAUCAAAGAGAAAUCGAGAAACCGUUAUUUUCCUGCCUUUGAGAAGGUGUUAACCAGCCAUGGGCAAGACUACCUGGUUGGCAACAGGCUGAGCAAGGCUGACGUUCACCUCACUGAACUUCUCUACCACACAGAAGAGCUGGACUCCACUGUUCUGGCCAACUUCCCUCUACUUAAGGCCCUGAGAACCAGAGUCAGCAACCUGCCCACAGUGAAGAAGUUUCUGCAGCCUGGCAGCCAGAGGAAGCCCUUUGAUGAUAGAAAAUGUGUGGAAAUAGCAAGGAAGCUUUUCAGUUAAAUGGAGGCAGACAUGGAGACAUACAAUACUGGGCUUUAUCUAAAUGUUGAUCCCGAUUAUUAUGAGGCUAACAAAGUUUCCCAAAAUUUCUGUGCUAAUUUAGUUAGAAAGGAGCUAUGCAUAUUUCUUUGCAAUCCAGUCUAUUUAGUUUUGGUGAAGUUUUAUAACCAUGAUCACCACCUGGGAUCUCUUUAAA